AUGGAUAAUUGCUUUCUUAAUGACUAAUUUCUAUAAAUUCUCACAGAGAAUUUAAAGAAUUGGCAAAAUGUCAAAUCAAAGACAGAUUUAGAAAUAUCAGUUCCAGGGGGAUUCACAGGGACAACUUUUCUACUAAAAAAUAAACUAACUGAAAAAUCCAUAAACAAUCCCGUAAUUUUAAAGUUACAUAUUGAGGGAAGAAGACCAGGUUUGCAAAAGGAAAUGAAAUUUGCUGAGAUAUUAUCUGAAUAGGGUUGGGGACCAGAAAUUUAUUUUCAGUGUGAUUAAUUUAGAAUCGAGCGCUUUUUGGAAUUAAUCCCAAUGGGAAUUUAUGAAAUGAGAAAUCCUUAUUAUAUGAGUUCAAUUGUGUAAAAAUUAGUCGAGUUUGAGCAUAACUCUGAGCUUAAUAAAUUUUUGACUGAGUUUUAUAAGGGCAAGAAGUAAACUUUGCUCAUGGAGUUUAAGGAUGCAAUUUAUCCAAAAUUCCAAACUAAAAUUGAACAAAUCGAGGGAUAUAUUGGAGAAUGUGAUGAUGAUAUUUAAGAACUGUUUGGAGUAGUAAAGAGGGAGUAUUAUGACUAGAAUUAGAUUGCUUACCUAGAAAGAAUAUUUAAGGAGGAUAUUACUAGUGAUUCAGUAAGAGUAUCACACUAUGAUGUUUAAUAAGGUAACAUAUUGAAAUUUGCAGCUGAUCAAUCUAAGAUUAUUAUAAUUGAUUAUGAAGACCCUCUAUUUGCUCCAACCUAUUUAGGUCUCGGAAGUUUCUUAGGUAGUAUAAUGAGAGAAAACUCGCAUCCAGAAGGAUAUGGAGUGAAGUUUUAUCCUGAUAAUGCUAUUACUGAAAGAGAGAUUAGAUUUUGUAGGGGUUUGUCUUACAGAGGUAAGAGAAUUUUUAUGAGAAUGUUAUAUACUCAAUGA